GCAUUAUGUGCAGGAAGCGACACAAGAGGGUCACCGUGAUAAGUCUAAAGUCGAGAGAUUUGGUAGGUUCAUUGUCUCCUUUUAUAGGAAAUCUUAGCUUUCUUCGACGUAUAAUACUCGGUAACAAUACUUUUCAUGGUCAAAUUCCUCCUGAAAUUGGUCGCCUUUUUAGAUUGAACUUUUAAGUCUGACAAAUAAUUCCUUCGAAGGUCAAAUUCCAUCCAAUUUGUCUCAUUGCACCAAUCUCGUACAUCUAUCUGUUAUAAACAACAAGUUAACAGGAAAAUUUCCUUUAGAACUUGGCUUCUUGUCAAAGCUUGAAUUGAUAGUAAUUUCUGGGAACCAUCUAAGCGGAGAGAUACCCAACUCUAUCGGUAACCUUUCCUCUCUAGAAAUUCUAGCUGCAGCUUAUAAUUUCUUCAAGGGACAAAUUCCAGAGAGUAUAGGGCAGUUGAAGAGCUUAACUGCAUUGGGGCUGGGAGCGAAUGAACUAUCUGUUAGUAAUUGCCUUUAGUAUUUGACCACGUCUUUACAGUUUUUUAUUUUUUGCUUUUUGAAUAAGUCUUUAAGCAUGAUUUACUUGUUGCUUAAUUAUAGGAGAUUAGUUCAGUUUUUUUCCGGAUUAUUAGCAGUAGUUGCUAAGUAGUGAUGUCUCUUUUUCUCUAUAAAUAUUCAGCAGUAAAUAAGAAUGAUGUGCUUCCAAGUCCAAUAUAUUCCAGUUUAUAAAACAUUUUCCAUAUAUCUUCAUAUCAGUUUUUUUACUACACUAUCUGGUGUAGUGCCUCCAUCACUAUAUAAUCUAUCGUCGCUUACCAUUUUCUCUUUGGGUUUUAAUCAAUUGCAUGGAACCCUUCCCCAGAAUUUAGGCCUAUCUUUUCCUAAUCUCCAAGAAAUUGAUGUCCGCUAUAACCAACUUGUUGGACCAAUUCCAUUGUCAUUAACCAAUGUUUCUGAUCUCCAGUCUGUUUUAUUCUCAUCAAACAAUUUUACUGGAAAAAUAUUGAAUACAUUUGGAAAAUUACAGUCUCUUUCAACUUUGGAUUUGCAUGAGAAUAGCCUGGGAGAUGGAGAAGCUGAUGAGAUGAAUUUUCUAGUUUCUCUAACCAACUGCAGCAUGUUGUCGGUUAUGCAAAUAGGUGACAACAGAUUAGGAGGGUCAUUGACUAAUAUUGUUGGGAAUCUUUCAAGAUAUCUGAGAAUUUUUUCUGUUUAUGGAAAUCGUAUAUCUGGAAUUAUUCCUGCAAGUAUAGGUGAUCUAGCUAACUUAACUCUGCUAUAUUUUGAUGAAAAUGAAUUCAGCGGAACAAUACCAAGUUAUAUUGGUAAACUUAAUAAAUUACAAGCAUUGGGGCUUUCUGCCAAUGGACUUUCAGGAAAUAUUCCAUCUUCUUUUGGAAACUUAUCUUGGUUGGGUGAGUUAUAUUCAGAGUAUAACACAUUGCAAGGAAAUAUCCCUCCUAGUUUAGAGAAUUGCAAAAAUUUGUUGUCAUUAGAUCUUUCUAACAAUAACCUUAGUGGUAGCAUACCAGAACAACUUUUUCAAAUCUCCUCUCUAUCAAUUUCACUAAGUAUAGCUCAUAACCAAUUAACUGGUUCCUUGUCUUCAUCUAUUGGUAAUCUGAAAGGCUUAGGGGAAUUGGAUGUUUCUUGGAAUAAGCUGUCCGGAGAAAUUCCUAGUAGUCUUGGAGCAUGCUCAAGUCUUGAAAAAUUACACAUGGAGAAUAACCUCUUCCAUGGAUCCAUUCCUUCAUCGCUUAGUUCUUUGAAGGGUCUUCAGAAUCUUGAUCUUUCUCAUAAUAAUCUUUCAGACCAAAUUCCAAAUUUUUUUGAAAAAAUUCCUUUCAUAUUUUUAAAUUUGUCUUACAACAAUUUUGAGGGCGAGGUUCCAAAGAAGGGAGUUUUCUCGAACGGAAGUCGAGUGUCAGUGGUUGGAAAUAACAGGCUUUGUGGAGGCAUCUCUCAGUUGCACAUGCCUAGGUGCCAGAGGAAGCAGGGGAAUACUCGGUUUCAUCCAUUGUUAGUGAUCAUCAUAGCUUGUGCUCUUCUUCUUGGAGGUAUCAUUCUGUCAUCAUUCCUCUUCUAUUGGUUCAAAAAGAAGAGAAAACAACAAAUUUCUUCUGCUACUUCAUUGAAAGAACCAUUUGCCCAAAUACCAUACGAAAAACUCCUUCAGGCAACCGGUGGCUUCUCUUCUUCUAAUUUGAUUGGUGUUGGUAGUUUUGGUUUUGUGUAUAGAGGAAGCAUUGAUGAUGAAGAUGUUGCAAUCAAAGUGCUUAACCUUGAGCGGCGAGGUGCUUCCAGAAGUUUCAUAGCUGAGUGUAAAGCCUUAAGAGAAAUUCGCCAUAGGAAUCUGGUCAAGAUCGUAACUUGUUGCUCGACCAUUGACUUUAAAGGCAAUGAUUUUAAGGCUCUAGUGUAUGGAUACAUGCCUAAUGGGAGCUUAGAUAAAUGGCUGUAUCCAGACAAAGAAACAUACAAUUGUCAAAAUAAUCUAAGCCUUGUUUGUAGAAUCAACAUUGCCAUUGAUGUGGCUUGUGCACUUGAUUAUCUCCAUCAUGGUUGCCAUCAGCCAAUCGUUCAUUGUGAUCUGAAACCAAGCAAUGUCCUCCUUGAUAGUGACAUGACCGCCCAUGUUGGAGAUUUUGGGCUAGCAAGAAUUCUUCCACAACUUACAAAGCCAAAUGAAAGCAGCUCAUCAAUUGGAAUUAAAGGAACUAUUGGAUAUGCUGCACCAGAAUAUGGUAUAGGAGGAGAAGUUUCAAUACAAGGAGAUAUCUACAGUUAUGGGAUUUUAUUAUUAGAAAUGAUAACAGGAAAGAAACCAACUGAUAAUAUGUUUGAGGCCAGUCUUAACCUUCACAACUAUGCUAAAAACUCUCUUCCUGACCAUGUUAUUGAUAUUGUUGAUCCAAUGCUUCUUAGAGAUGACAAUGACAAUCAAGUUACAACCAUGAGACAAUCCGUAAAUGAUACCAAACUAGAAGAGUGUCUGAUUUCUAUGGUUAAAACUGGAGUUCAAUGUUCCAUCAAGUCACCAAGAGAUCGAAUGGACAUGAGUAAGGUUAUUGAGGAGCUGUUCAAGGUUAGGGAUGUUCUUCAAAGAAACUACAACUAAGUCCCAACAGCAGCUAUAAAGACAAUGCCAUUGCAUCAUGCAUCAUCAGGUUACUGCUUUACCUUGGAGGAAGAGAGUACACAAGAACAGGAUCGUGACGAGUUGAUUGAAAAAACAAAUGAUAGCUUUUCAAUGAUUGUAAAUAUGAGAUUGGAAAAAAAAAAUGUUGCAUUCUGUUUCAACAACAGAGAAGUUUUUAUCUUAUCUCUUUUUUAAAAAAGAUUUGAAAAAUGUAAAAUAAUGUGUAAUUGUACCUAGAAAGCAAAUCCAAACAUUAUGAACUUAUUGAGAUGUUGCAAUUGCACCUCUAAGAAAAAUUAAAAUUGAUUUUUAUGGUGCAAUUGCAAUAGAUCUAUAUAAGUUAAGGGUGCUUCAGAUGUUUAGGAUAUAUGCAUGUGUGUGUUGAAAUAAUUAAAAGAUAAAAUAAUUGUACACAUAAGUGUUAACUCGGCCGUUGAACCUCCUAACGAAUCAAAAAUUUUCUAA